AAAAUUUUGGACUUGGUCUGUUUCAUUCUGUCUUUCUCGUGUGUCUCUGAAUUCAACGGCUCCGCCGUCGUCGAGUGCAAAUGGAGGGUCCUGGCAAUAGAGGAGGCACGACUGCAGAUGCCUUCUUGACAAAUUAUAAGCUUGGAAAAACUUUGGGCAUUGGUUCUUUUGGCAAAGUGAAAAUUGCAGAGCAUACUUUGACAGGACACAAAGUUGCUGUCAAGAUACUUAAUCGCCGGAAAAUAAAGAACAUGGAAAUGGAAGAAAAAGUGCGACGAGAGAUAAAAAUUUUAAGGCUGUUCAUGCAUCCACAUAUUAUACGACUCUAUGAGGUUGUAGAGACAAAUAUGGAUAUUUAUGUUGUCAUGGAGUAUGUUAAAUCGGGGGAGCUAUUUGAUUAUAUCGUGGAGAAAGGUAGGUUACAGGAGGAUGAGGCACGUCAUUUCUUUCAGCAGAUUAUAUCUGGCGUGGAAUAUUGUCAUCGGAACAUGGUAGUCCAUCGGGACCUAAAGCCAGAGAACCUUUUACUAGAUACAAAAGACAAUGUUAAAAUUGCUGAUUUUGGUCUGAGCAAUGUAAUGCGAGAUGGCCAUUUUUUGAAGACUAGCUGUGGGAGCCCAAACUAUGCAGCGCCUGAGGUGAUAUCUGGUAGGCUAUAUGCUGGGCCUGAGGUUGAUGUUUGGAGUUGUGGGGUUAUCCUAUAUGCCCUGCUCUGUGGCACACUGCCCUUCGAUGAUGAGAAUAUUCCCAAUCUGUUCAAGAAAAUAAAGAGCGGUAUCUAUACUCUCCCAAGUCACCUAUCUACUGGAGCAAGGGACUUGAUUCCCAGGUUGCUAGUAGUUGAUCCUAUGAAGCGGAUGACCAUCCCUGAAAUUCGUCUGCAUCCUUGGUUCCAAGCUCACCUUCCUCGCUAUCUCGCUGUGCCUCCACCAGAUACACUGCAGCAAGCUAAAAAGAUUGAUGAGGACAUUCUUCAGGAGGUAGUUAAAUUGGGGUUUGACAAGAAUCGUUUGAUUGAAUCUCUCCGUAACAGAAAACAGGAUGAGGCAACUGUUACAUACUACCUUUUGUUUGACAAUCGUUUCCGCGCCAACAGUGGCUAUCUUGGAUCAGAUUUCCAGGAAACUAUGGAAUGUGGGUUCUCUCGUUCUUAUCCGUUAGAAAAUGCAAAUCUAGCAAUGACACACCGUAUAGCAAGUUAUAUUGAUCCUCCAACUACUGGUGUUAGGCCUCAUAUCCCUGCUGAAAGAAAAUGGGCUCUCGGGCUUCAGUCUCGAGCCCAUCCUCGUGAAAUUAUGACUGAGGUACUCAAGGCUCUGCAAGAAUUGAAUGUGCGCUGGAAAAAGAUUGGGCAUUACAACAUGAAAUGCCGAUGGUUUCCUGGCUUUCUUGAUUCAGAAAGCAUGGAUAAUAAACAUCUGCAUGCUACUGGUGGCUUUGACGAUGAACCUUCAAUUGUAGAGAGUGAUAAUGUGGCUGCAAACUCUCCCAAUGUAGUCAAGUUUGAACUUCAGCUUUAUAAGACGAAGGAAGAGAAGUAUCUUCUUGAUCUACAGAGAGUGUAUGGGCCGCAGCUUCUCUUCCUCGACUUGUGCGCGCUGUUCUUGGCACAACUUAGGGUGCUCUAGUAAUAAUGUCAGAUUGCUAGUUACUGACUCCUUAGAAUGUAAAUAUUAAGUAGGAGGAAGCAAGCACCAUUUUCUCAAUGUUUUUUUUUUUCAAAGUGUCCUUGUUAGGAAUUUCUUAAAACUAAUCUUAGUUCUUGUUUGAAAAAACUUGGAACCUUUGUAUUGUGCUUUUACUUUGAAGUUCCAUCUAAAACAUGUAUGGAAAGCAUCAACGACCAAGUGGUCUAUUGGUAGUCGGGUCUCCA